GGCUGCGAGGCAAUCUGGGAAUUGUAGUUUUCUGGACAGAAGCGACGGUCCGUAGCAGACGCCGAGGUGCCGCCUGUUCUCCCGCCUUCAUUUCCCAUCGUGCUGAGGCGGGUGGCAUGGCGGAGAAGGAUGACACCGGAGUUUGACGAAGAGGUGGUUUUUGAGAAUUCUCCACUUUACCAGUACUUACAGGAUCUGGGACACACAGACUUUGAAAUAUGCUCUUCUCUGUCACCAAAACCAGGAAAAAGCACAGUGACAGAGGGACAACAAAAGCCUCCUGCAAGAGCCCUGCCAAAACAAGGCAUCCUGUUAAAAGUGGCUGAAACCAUCAAAAGUUGGAUUUUUUCUCAGUACAAUAAGAAAGAUGACUUACUUCAGAAGUUGGAUAUUGGAUUCCGACUCGACUCACUACAUACCAUCCUGCAACAGGAAGUCCUGUUACAAGAGGAUGUGGAACUGAUUGAGCUACUUGAUCCCAGUAUCCUGUCUGCAGGGCAACCUCAACAACAGGAAAAUGGACACCUUCCAACACUUUGCUCCCUGGCAACCCCUAAUAUUUGGGAUGUCUCAGUGCUGUUUGCCUUCAUUAGUUUGCUCAUUAUGCUUCCCACUUGGUGGAUUGUAUCUUCCUGGCUGGUAUGGGGAGUGAUUCUAUUUAUUUUUUUGAUCGUAAAAGCUUUGAGAUUAUGGAGAACAGCCAAACUACAAGUAACUCUAAAAAAAUACAAUGUCCAUUUAGAAGAUACAGCAACAAAUAGCCGAGCUUUUACUAACCUUGUGAGAAAAGCUUUACGUCUCAUUCAAGAAACUGAAGUCAUUUCCAGAGGAUUUACACUUUUGCUUGACAGGGUCAGUGCUGCUUGCCCAUUUAAUAAAGCUGGACAGCAUCCCAGUCAGCAUCUCAUCGGUCUUCGGAAAGCUGUCUACAGAACUGUAAGAGCCAACUUUCAAGCAGCAAGGCUAGCUACCCUAUAUAUGCUGAAAAACUACCCCCUGAACUCUGAGAGUGACAAUAUAACCAACUACAUCUGUGUGGUGCCUUUUAAGGAGCUGGGCCUCGGACUUAGUGAAGAGCAAAUUUCAGAAGAAGAAGCACAUAACCUUACAGAUGGCUUCAGCCUCCCUGCUUUGAAGGUUUUGUUUCAACUCUGGGUGGCACAGAGUUCAGAGUUCUUCAGACGGUUAGCCCUAUUACUUUCUACAGCUAAUUCACCUCCUGGACCCUUACUUACUCCAGCACUUUUGCCUCAUCGUAUUUUAUGUGAUGUGACUCAAGGUCUACCUCAUGCUCAUUCUGCCUGCUUGGAAGAGCUUAAGCGCAGCUAUGAGUUUUAUCGGUAUUUUGAAACUCAGCACCAGUCAGUACCCCAGCGUUUAUCCAAAACUCAACAGAAGUCGAGAGAACUGAAUAACGUUCACACAGCAGUACGCAGCUUGCAGCUCCAUCUGAAAGCGUUACUGAAUGAGGUAAUAAUUCUUGAAGAUGAACUUGAAAAGCUUGUUUGUACUAAAGAAACACAAGAACUAGUAUCAGAAUCUUAUCAAAUCCUAGAACAGAAGUUGAAGUUGAUUCAGCCCCAUGUUCAGGCAAGCAACAAUUGCUGGGAAGAGGCCAUUUCUCAAGUGGACCAACUGCUCCGAAGAAACACAGAUAGAAAAGGCAAGCCUGAAAUAGUAUGUGAAAAUCCACGUUGUACUGUGAUACCUUUGAUGCAGCCUACUCUACACAUUGCAGACAAAGAUCCAAUCCCUGAGGAGCAGGAAUUAGAAGCUUAUGUAGAUGAUAUAGAUAUGGACAGUGAUUUCAGAAAGGAUGAUUUUUAUUACUUGUCUCAAGAAGACAGAGAGAGACAGAAGCGUGAGCAUGAAGAAUCCAAGAGGGUACUCCAAGAAUUAAAAUCUGUGCUGGGAUUUAAAGCAUCAGAGGCAGAAAGACAGAAGUGGAAGCAACUUCUAUUUAGUGAUCACGGGGUAAAGUCCGAAUGGAAUUAGAGAGGGAUAUUCUACACUGGAACCUGCUGUGGCCAUUUUUUUCUGUUGUUGCUGCUUCUCUAGUGGAGUUACUGCAGCUUAGGGAUCUGUUUCUUGGAAAUGGACUCCUUUUACAAAUUAUUUUUUAAAUAAACGCCAGAUCUUCAAGAAGCACUUUUUUUUCUUCCGUCAUGCUUCCUAAUAUAUUGUAUUGUACUAACCCCUCAUACUGGGAGGAGAGACUGCCUAGCAAGCAACCCACUGCCUACUAACAUCAAGAGGGGCUAAAUAAAACUUCAUUUUCCUUGAAAGGACAACUUCUGCCGUAUGGAUAUAAUAUUUAUGUAUUAUGCUUUGUACAAUAGUUGAUUUUGAAUACAGAUUUUAUUUUGUUUUCUAUUUUUCUGUGACAUUACAAAAUGUGUCAAAGUUAUGGCUUUACUUUCAUCAGGGUCUUGUUAGGUGGUUGGCAAGUAAGUUGAAUUGUGUGCAUUUUUUUUUCCAUGCUGUUUUAACUUGUAAAUAUAUAUGUGCUGAAGAGAUGAUUAUUAUCUGGAUGACUUUAGAUCUUUUAACUGACACAUUAUCGGUAAAAAUCAUGCUGCUUAUUCUUUCAUAAGAUGGUUCUCAAACUUUAGUGUGCAUCAGAGUCAAGUGUAGGGCUUGUCAACACAGCUGACCCCCCCCACUCACAGUAUCCCCUUCAGUAGGUCUGGGUGGAGCCCAAAAAUUUGCACUUCUAUCAAAUAACCUGGUGGUUACAACUGAUACUAUUGGUUUGGGGACCACACUUUGAGAACCACUGCUUUAAUAUUUUGAAUAAGAGAAUGCGUGAGGUGUUUUAAAAUCUUCAUCAAAACCCCAUCUCAUUUCAUUUCUUAGGCAUUCUAUCUCUUAUAAAGUUCUCUGGAUUUAUAAAUUUACAUAGAUUUUACUAGAAGGUUUUAUUUAACUUUUAUUUAUUCUUUAUAAGAAAAAACUACUGGAAGUUUAAAUUAAAGUUUAAAUCAAUGCUG